AUGGUAUUGCGUUAUUCGGGCCAGUCAUCAAUUGUCGGCCGAAUACGGUUUAACGGAGCGCUGAAAAUUGUAACUGGAUUUGGACGAAAUUUGCUUCGAUUCAAUAGUACUUCUUCUUCAGAUCAUCAGUUAACGGAAUUGGAACUUCAGGAUAUCAAGUAUAGGAAGCAACGAGAGUUGUCGUUGAAGCUAGUCAAGAUUAAAAAUUACGGAGACUAUUUUGAGAAACACACACAUCCGGGGUCAACCCAUUUCAAAAAGCCGGUUCAUGAUCAUCUACACAAGGGAGGUCCUGUCAAGGAGUUGACAGUACCGAAAAAGAAAACCUCAGGUAGAAACAAUACAGGUAAAAUCACUAUAAGAGGAAGAGGAGGCGGUCACAAAAGAAGGGUAAGACUCGUUGAUUUCCACCGGUGGGAUGCUGGCAAGAACAAAGUUGUUAGGAUCGAAUAUGAUCCUAAUAGAUCAGGUCACAUUGCGCUUUUGGAAAAUGAAAAAACGGGUAAUUUAUCGUAUAUCGUUGCACCUCAGGGAUUGCGUAGUGGUGAUAUUGUUGAGAGUUUCCGAAGGGGAAUUCCUGAAGACUUUGUUGAAGAGAUGCGCAAGACAAACAAUGGAGAAAUCGAUGAUGCGUUAUUAUCAGCAAGAGUAUUACAAAGAGGUAAUUGUUUACCGUUGAGAAUGUUACCUGUAGGGUCUAUUAUCCAUAGUAUUGGUUUGGCUCCCGAAAGAAGGGCACAGUUGGUUCGUUCAGCUGGUACAUUUGGUAAGAUUUUGGCUAAGGAUAUUGUGAAGGAAAAAGCUAUUGUCAAACUUUGUAGUGGGGAACAUAGGUACAUUCCAUUAGACUGUCAUGCUACCCUAGGUGUUGUUUCCAAUAAAGAACACCAGCUAAUCUCAUGGGGUAAAGCAGGAAGAAGAAGACAUUUGGGAAGAAGACCCGUUACAAGAGGUAUGGCAAUGAAUGCGUGUGAUCAUCCUCAUGGUGGAGGUAGAGGUAAAUCGAAAUCCAAUAAAGUGAGUCAAUCAAUGUGGGGAUUAAAGAAAUUCCAAAAGACAAGACUCAAACCAAAUCCAUUAGUUAUAAGAAAUAGGAAAGGCAGAGCAAUUAGACACAAGAAAUGA